AUGCGUAAUAGUGGUGACGGCGAUGGUGACGGGUCGGCUGCUGGCAAGGCGCACAUCACGCAAUACGAACUUAUUGCCCACACCGCGUGCGUGAUGGUGCAUGCAGCCAAUUCAAAGCGCAUACGAUGCGUGCUCGAUGAAUGGAGCCAACGGAAAUCAGCGGGAGGCCAUAUGGUUGCACAGGAUAUGCGGCUAGGAUCGGCUUUUGGUGCAUUUUUUGUUCCCGUAGCUGAUAAGCUUAUGGUUGCUACCACACUACUAUUAUUAUGUACCAGACUUUUGGAAGUUGCAGCAUGAGCAGUACCUUGGCUUCUGACGGUACCUUCAAUUGCCAUUAUCGGUAGAGAGAUAACAAUGUCAGCUGUUAGAAAGUGGGCUGCAUCUCAGAAUAGUAGAGUUCUCAAGGCUGUAGCAGUAAACAAUCUUUGGAAAUGGAAAAUGGCAACAAAAAUGACUGCACUUGCCAUUCUCCUUGCAUUCAGAGACUCCCGGGCCGGUGUUCUGGUUGCUUCUGGUGUAGUUUUGCUUUACGUAUCUGCUGGGCUUGCCAUACGGUCAUUAGACAUGAGGAAGAUAUGGAGAGUUUUGCUUAAGUAGUUACACAAUACUGCAAGAUGGAUACAAAACUUAAAUGCUGUGAGACUACAUUCGCAACCAUCGGGGAUGUCCUUUUGGCAUCAACUUAUCGGUCAGGGGGCUCCUAAUUUAGCAGCUUUCUCCAGGCCAAAUGGAGACCUUUUCUCAUUAAUUAAAGCGAGGAAACUGGUUGGUGGAUGUGAUAUGAUCAUUCUACAAUGUGGAGGCUGGAACUGAAACAUAUCAUUCAUUAUAUACUGCACGUCGCAGGUUCCAGUUGGCAAUUUUCUCAUCAGAAUCUGGGGAUGCUUCACCUUUUGCCACAAGGACAGCUGUUUUGUCUCAUUGGGCAAAAACGUUGCUGGAUUAUAUGAUAGAAUGGCUAGCAUCAUUUUGUGGUUGUGUUGGAAAAUAAAAGAUUUCGAUAAUGGGAUGUUUCUUACAUGAAUCAAACAGGUCAGUG